AUGAACACGAUUACGCCUUUCUAUAAAACUGGAAACAAAUGUAGCCCAACAACAAAGGCAUCUCAGUUGCCAAAGUCACUCUGGUGUGACUACAGACCACCGCCAGUUUCCAUCCUCGAAAAGAAGCAUAACAGGAGUGGCACGGCUGAUGCUGCUCUUGAAGUACGCUAUAAAACAUGUUUAGAGUGCGAAUUCUCCUAUUCCUUCGCUCGUCUCCAUCGAGAGGGCUAUGUUUCCGACAGUUAG